GUCUUGGCCAGUAGCUUUCAACAAGACAUUCUGCAACUUUAAUGAACGGAGAAGACAAAUAGGUGAAUACUCAAAUAGCGGUGCCUGAAUUAAAAAAAAAAAAAAAGAAGAGGGGUAAAGUGGGAAUUUGGAACAAAGAGAGGUGUAAUAAUGGCGGAGAACGAGAAGCGGAAGGGAGAUAACAGAAGCAUUUAAUGCAGAGAUGUUUGCAUUAACUGCACUAGUAAAUGUGAAAUUGAUGGGUUACAAAGCAUUUUCGCUUUGCUUUUAAUUUUUGCCUCUCGUUGCCACUAACUGGUGGAGUCCGAGUGUCAGCGUGAGCUAGAAAAAACAAGAGAAAAAUUGAAGAGCGGUUGGUGAGAGAGAGAGAGUACUGGUAUUGGAAGAGAAGUUGUUGGACCUCUGCUUCUACGUCUCUUGUCUCUUGUCUCUUGUGGGUAUUUUCUUGGAUUCUGGUUCUUGUUCAUGUUAGAGCAUUUACAUGCUGAGGAAGAUCCUGGGUAAAAUGACUUUUGGGGGGGUUUUUUGCGCACUCCAUUUUUCUUUUUUUAAUGUGUGAUUCUGUUGUUGAAGAUGGCUUUUAAUCUGGGUUUUGUAUCUUUGGUGGGGUUGAUACUUGGACUCUCUUUAAUAUCUGAUGACUCUUCAAUAUGGUGUUGUUGAAUUUGAAUUGGAACCCGCAAAUUAUGGGUCCUUAAACGAAAGCUAAAGCUACGGUUUCUCUGAUCAGUGUUAAAGGUUUUAAAGUACCAAAGUUUGGAAUGUCACUCUGUUCCUGCUCUUGACUGACAAUUUAUAUUUCAAAAAUCUCAUCUUUACUAUUCAUUUGAACUCCGGUUGUUUCUUUGGCGCUGUAAGCAAUUGUCUUUGCGGGGAGAGAGAGAGAGAGAGUAGGCAUUCAUGCAUCUCUCAAUAUGGAAGCCAAUAACUCACUGUGCUUCUUUGAUAAUGGACAAGAAGACCAGAAGAAGAGAUGGGUCUGGUUCUCGUUCUGGCGGUUUGACUAUGCUCCGUCAGUUGCAAGAGAACAAGCUAAGAGAGGCUCUUGAAGAAGCAUCUGAAGAUGGGUCACUUGUGAAAUCCCAAGACAUCGAUGCUGAGUCAUUUCCAAAUCAAGAAAGAACGAUCAUCGGAAGGUCGAGAUCUCUUGCUAGACUCCACGCCCAGAGGGAAUUCUUGCGUGCUACAGCUUUGGCUGCUGAGAGAAUCUUUUGCACUGAAGACUCAAUCCCUGACCUCCAUGAUGCAUUCUCCAAGUUUCUCACUAUGUAUCCAAAGUUCCAAUCAACAGAAAAGAUUGAUAAGUUGAGAGUUGAUGAGUAUGAGCAUCUAUCUGAGUCCUCAUCAAAGGUAUGCCUUGAUUACUGUGGCUUUGGGUUGUUUUCUUAUGUACAAACUCAGCAGUACUGGGAAUCAUCUGCUUUUACUUUACAUGAAAUAACUGCAAAUUUGAGUAAUCUGGCCUUAUAUGGAGGUGCUGAAAAGGGAACUGCAGAAUAUGAUAUUAAGAGUAGGAUUAUGGAUUAUUUAAACAUCCCUGAAAAUGAAUAUGGUCUUGUUUUUACUGUUAGUAGAGGCUCUGCAUUCAAAUUGCUGGCUGAGUCUUAUCCAUUUCAAUCAAAUAAGAAGUUGUUGACCAUGUUUGAUCAUGAGAGUCAGUCUGUGAAUUGGAUGGCUCAAUGUGCUAAGGAAAAAGGUGCUAAGACUUAUAGUGCCUGGUUUAAGUGGCCUACUUUGAAACUAUGCUCUAGAGAGCUGAGGAAGCUGAUUUCUAAUAAGAAAAAGAGGAAGAAAGAUUCUGCUACUGGGCUUUUUGUAUUUCCUGUUCAGUCUAGAGUCACUGGAGCUAAGUAUUCUUACCAGUGGAUGGCCCUUGCUCAGCAAAAUAAUUGGCAUGUGUUGCUGGAUGCUGGAUCUUUAGGUCCGAAGGAUAUGGAUUCACUAGGACUUUCCUUGUUCAGGCCAGAUUUUAUUAUCACAUCAUUCUAUAGAGUAUUUGGAAAUGACCCAACUGGUUUUGGAUGUCUUUUGAUCAAGAAAUCUGUUAUGACAAGCCUGCAGAAUGAGAGUGGCCGUACUGGCUCAGGAAUGGUGAGGAUUCUCCCUGUUUUGCCGCAGUAUUUGGGGGAUUCUGUGGAUGGUCUUGAUAUGUUUGCUGGAAUGGAGGAUGAUGCUAUUAAUGGUAUUGAAGAUGCAGUACCUGAAACGCAUGGUGGGUCUCAUAUGCCUGCAUUUUCUGGUGUAUUCACUUCCAACCAGGUCAGGGAUGUGUUUGAGACUGAGAUGGAACAUGACAAUAAUAGCUCAGACAGGGAUGGGGCGAGUACCAUAUUUGAGGAAGCUGAGAGCAUUUCAGUUGGGGAGGUUAUGAAAAGUCCAGUUUUCAGUGAGGAUGAGUCAUCAGAUAAUUCUUAUUGGAUUGAUUUGGGUCAUAGUCCAUUAGCGUCUGAUAAUUCUGGGCAAUUGACUAAGCUGAAAACAGGUUCGCCUUUACCACCUACCUGGUUUUCAAGCAAGAAGAACCAUAACCGACUCUCAACAAAGCCCACAUCAAAAAUAUUUAAGAGCCCAAUUUAUGAUGAAGAUCCUGUUGCGUCUUUUGAUGCAGCUCUAUUAUCAGUUCCGCAGGAGAUUUAUCAUGCUAAAGGAAUCCCUGAAGAAGAACAGUUUGAUGAAACUGAACAUGCCUUUAGCAAUGGAGAGAUUCUAGAGGAUAUUGAAAUCAAGGAUGGGCCAAUAUUAGUUGAUUCUAAGUUGAGUUCUACAAAUGGGUUCAGACCCGAGAACCAUAUUUCCUGCCUUAGACAUCAGAGCCUUGGAGGUGUCUCAACCAAUGAAAUUAGCCAAGAAGCUAAAGAAAGUGCUAUCAGAAGAGAGACAGAAGGUGACUUCAGAUUGUUGGGAAGGAGGGAAAGGGGUAGGUUCUUUGGCUUGGAAGAGAGUGAUCGAGUUGCUAGCAUGAGUCACCGCGUAUCUUUUAGCAUGGAAGAUAACCGCAGAGAACACUUGAGUUACUUGGAGCCUGGGGAAAUUUCUCUGACCACUCUUGGUGAUGAAGAGUCCAUGAGUGAUGGAGAGUAUGGUGAUGAACAAGAUUGGGAAAGGAGGGAGCCAGAGAUAUUCUGCCGGCAUUUGGAUCACAUCAAUCUAUUAGGCCUCAACAAAACUACCCUCAGACUUCGGUAUCUCGUCAAUUGGCUAGUUACUUCCUUACUUCAGCUUCGGUUUCCUUCUUCAGAUGGAGUUGGUGUACCUCUUGUACAGAUUUAUGGCCCUAAAAUCAAAUAUGAAAGAGGUGCAGCUGUAGCUUUCAAUGUGAGAAGGUGUAGCGAAGGACAGCUAAUUCAUCCAGAAGUUGUCCAGAAGUUGGCAGAGAAAAACGGAAUCUGUCUAGGCCUUGGCAUCUUGAACCAUGUAAAGAUAGUUGACAGCCCGAAACAGAAUUGUGGAGGAUUUGACCUUGAAGACACGGCAUUGUGCAAGCCAAUGGCUAGUGCUCGGCAAGAUGGAAAAAAUUUGUUCUACCGAGUGGAGGUUGUCACUGCAUCACUUGGAUUUCUAACAAACUUUGAAGAUGUUUAUAAGAUGUGGGCAUUUAUUGCUGGGUUUCUUAAUCCAUUGUUUGUUGAAGAUGACAAAUUAUCAAUAGUUCAUGAGGAUUCAGAAUCAUAAAAUAUGAAAAAUUACACGAAGAAUUUUUAUUACAUUUUGAAGGAACAUGGACCCCUCCAUUGCCUUUUUGCCAUGUCCUAUGAAGGAAGAUAUACUCAUGAUCAAUGCUUGAGUUGAAAUGUGGGACUUUUUAUCAUGCGAGAGAUGUGGAAGCGAACAUGAAGGUAGACUGCGAAAGUAUGGUUUUUGAGGUCUAAUCCUUUAGUUGUGAGCAGAUGAAUUUGUUCAUUCUUCUUGUUCUAUCUUAAUUGGAACUAAUGUAAUGUUUUGUAUCACUCUUAUUCAGUUUCGUGUAGAGUUUGUUCUAUAAACAUAUAUCAGUUCAGCAGUUAUCAGAACUAAAAAUAGAAUGGGAUGUGUCUGAGGAUUUCUUUUGCA